UAUUCUAUCUAUUACUAUCCUCCUGGAUUUUAUGGUGUACUCGCGAGUGAGACCCCAACCUCGUCCCCGGGGCCUUUGCCUUUUUGACAUCGAGAACCAGUAACAAUAUUUUUAAGCUCCGCAUAUAAAAUACAUAUUAUAAUAAUUCAAAAUUUUAGCAUGCUGUAAAAUAGAAACCAACCUAUUCGACAUUGUAUUUCGUAGUUUGAAGUUUAUUCUAAACACCUUUCGCACUGGUUGCGCUCGGGCUUCGGGUCCAGCGCAAUGGGUUAUCGGGAUCCCGAGUCUGACUAGUUCACCCACAAACUAUUUUUUAGCCGGUUGACCGACUACCUAUUUAGGACCAGAUAUGGUACCAAAGCUAGAGGUUUUUUUCUUUAAAUUACCGUAAAAGUCAGACGUUGGGAGAAAGCGGGAAUGGUUUAAUUUGAAGUCAAAACAACAACAAACCAACGUAUCUGGGAUCAUCCUGCGCCCGCCGCUUUUUCUUUUUGUUCAAUAUUUUGUUAUACACGUUCAUUUUGACUUAACUGUUCUUAAAAGUACUUACUCUUACUCAAAACUCUUAAAGCCUGGUUUCUUGUGGAGACAUGGAAAAACUGCUUUGUAUAUGUAUAUAUAUAACAUCCUGUGCCGUGACUACAGAUAGAUAGAUAGAUGUGCAUAUUUUACAUGGCUAGCCUCACAAAUAUCGAGGGAUAUACCCUGUCUAUUAUUUCCAGGAGGGGCCAUGGCGUAGAUGGAGAGUCGUAGAGUAUUUAAUGCUCAUUUUGAGCUACGCAGACCCAAUUAGAGCCCGCGCUCUACUAGACAACUCCCGGAUACAUCCAACGGCCCACACAGUGUGCCAUCUUCCCAAUUUCCCUCACAUGGCUUGGGUUAACCCGGGGCUAUGGUAACAUUCACUCGCCCAUGUUGAAUCGCCGUCAAGAGGAAUCGAACCCCGGUCUCCCGCACAGAGUACGAGAGCUAUAACCACUAAUCUACGGCGCCACUACAGUGAAAUAUCAUCCUGGAGUUGAUGUCACAAGCCUUUCCACAAGGACAUUUAUUUACAAUUGAAAAACAAGACAGUGACUGAGAUAAAGCACCUUUCCUACUAUAGUAGUAGUAUUUUUUUUUCAUGUCAGAUAACUGUUUAUUUUACAUUAAAUAAAUACCUACGACAAAAAAGAAAUUUUUUUAUUAAAAUCAUUUUUUUAUGCAGUGGAGAGAUUAGUGUUAUAAUAAUCCAAAAGAUAAGUUUUUCAGACUUGUUUUAGUUGUUGAUUAGAUGAAUGGUAGACCAAUUUAAAAAUAUCACAAAUAUUAACUGGAGAAUGCAUCAUUAGCUAAUAUUUUGCAACUUUAGCAUUGAAUAUUUUGCAAACGAAUCAAAACAAGUAUGAAAUAAUAUUAUUCUCAUAAUUAAAACAAUAUUUUGAUUUUCGAUUACUAUUUUCUAAGUGGGAGGUAAGCUUUAAUCAUAAGAACAUAGGAUGCUAGGUCCUUUUCUGUGGAUUUCUGGAUUAAUGAUUGACUGAUGCAUUUUGAUUGUAAAUUAACUAACUAUGUUCCAAAUGGUCAAUGGUUACCUCACAUGUUCAUAUACUGUGCAUGCCUAUGUGGCUGUUUUUGUAUGUUUAGUGGACAGGUACAAAUAUUUUGAAUUUCCAAAAAUUUCUUGUAGGAAAAAUUUAUUCAGGUAGCGUAAAAAUUGCCUUAAUAGAAAACUAAAGGAUUUCUAAAAAUUUAAUUUUAAUGUAGAUUAACGUACUAAUUAAAAUAUGGUGGAUUAAACAUAUAUUUAAUUUGCCAGAUAAAAUAAAAAGGAAUUGAAAGAUAGUGGAGUGUCAAGGAAGGGAAAAGGAGAUGGAUGUUUCUUUGGUUGGAUCACUCUCCCAAAAUGGGAAUACAGAGAUUAAGCGAAGAAGAAAGAUACAAUACCGUAAACCCAGGGGUCGGCUGACACAAAAAGCAUCUGGUAUUCUAAACAAAAGCGUAUGUAGAAAAAAUUUGAGUUUGAAUGAAGGUAGAGGCAAUCAAAGUCACUUGAUAAUGGUGAAAGAUGUCAAUUCAUUUUUGACAAAAAAUCGUGAGCUUGCAAAAGCAUUGGAGGAAUCAAGAUGCCAAGCUAAAGAGUUAGAAAAAGAUAAGUUCACCUAUCAACUUGAGUGUAUUGAGAUGAGAGAAAAGCUGAGUAUUGUACACAAUGCUGUUUUAAAGUGCACAUGUUCAAAGGAUAACGUUUCGUCAGCUGAUUCUCUCGACAUGCUUGCCAACAUGAAAGAUACAAUGCAAAAAAGUAUGUCUUAUCUGAACGAUUAUAUGGAUGCGUUAGUAGCCGAUAAAGUAUCGAAAUAUUCGGCAGACGAAGAUUCAAAGCUGUCACUGAUUCAAAGAACUAAUACAUCCACUGAAGUGGGAUCACAAACUGUUGUGUGUUCAAUAGAGCAUGUACCAGCACGAGUUGUAAUGAAAAAUAAGAAGUUACAAGUACGGAUGGAUAAAAACGAUAUUACAUCGUGUAAUCGAAAACAUAUCGAUGAUGAAAUCGAAGAAUCGAAAGAAUAUUUUGAUAAAUCUACACAAUGUGGGAAUGAAAUAAAAAGACAUAGUUGUGAACACAAAAGUGUUCAAUGUUCUUCACAAACAACAAUAAAGAGCUACACAAACAAAAACAAUAGGCAACCAUUAAUGGUACUAAAAGACAUUAACCAAACCAACACUCACCAACCAAAAUCGAUCAUGAAAAAAAAAUCACAUACACUUUCACACAAGACGCAUCUCAAAAGCAGAUCAGGAAGAUUACCAACAAUGAAAAUAUAUGAAGACAGUCCUAACGAUGAUAAAGAAAACAAAAGAGUUUAUUCAAGUUUUUCUCAUGAAAAUAGAUUAUCCAAAAAAGUCACCAUCCAUAGUCCUGCUGAAGUGCGUAUCUUUGAUGAAACGAUAGAACAUGCUGAUGGUCGAUUGAGACAACGAAGAAGUACUUGUUAUAAAGAACCUUCUAUAAACAGAAAACUGAGCAGAGGUGAUCCGACUGUUGACACAAGAUUUUACACCUCUCCCCACCAAUCUUACAAAAGGAAAAGGUCGAAAAGAAGUCGAAAUAAAAAACCCAACAUGAACAAGUCGAUUGCACUAGAAGAUAUUAUCAGCAUGGUCGAAGAAAGUUUUUUAGCGAGUGGUGGAGGAACAGUAUUGCUAAAAAGAUAAAAUAUAAAAAUAGGAGACCUCUAUGAGGUUUGCGUCGAAUUCUAUUUAAUUUUUUUAGUUAUUUUUUUGUGAACAAGUAUCGUAAAACUACUCAAAAAUAGAUCACUUUCCUGCUUCUUAAGUAGAGAAAGAAAAUUGGGGAUGUACUUCUGAUCAUUUAAGGAACUUUAUGCGCAAUAAAUACAAACUAUAAUAAUAACUUUAUAAUAAACCUUUUAUUGCUACCAGAAAGUUUUUGGGUGUUAUUACUAAAGGAUGCACCAAUCAAAAAACCACAGUUUAUAUCCUGAUAUGUAUAUAAAAUUGUUAGUUGUUGCUAUAUUUUUAUCCCAUCCCGUUCAAAUUAUCCACAUUUUUUUUCCUGUAUAAAAUAAAAAUUAUAUCUGGACUCUCCACCCUCCACCCUUAACCCAACACCCAACAAUUUCUGAAUCUCCCUCCCAUCCUAUAACAUUUCCCGCUUCUAAUGUUUAGGCCCGACAAACCGGAUUCCUCCCAACUCCUUCUACUUGUUGGAUUUUGUUAUUUAGUUGAAAUGAUAUUAAUUUGUAUCUAUGAAUGAAAAUUGUUUAAAUUGUAUAAAUAUGAGGAAUUUGUUUUGAAUUUAAUGUAAAAAUCUUAAGUUAUUGAAUUUUGUGUUUUGUAUAAGUUGGUAAUGGAAUAAAUCGAAUUUACGUA